AUACAAAUAUACAAAUUUUGUAGCUUAGACAAACCAGUACCUCGUAAUUUAGACCAUCCAAACCUUUGUUUCAUUACCUAUCCUAAUGAUUUAAACAGUUUGAGCUGAGUCAUAAUUGCUCAUAGUGAUAAUUGGUGUCAAUGUUCCGCGACAAAAAGUGAAAGCAUAAUGUUGUUGGCGUUGUAGACACAGCGCCAAGUGCAAGUGCACAUCAUAUCGAUUUGUCUGGAUAGACGGAAGUAACAAAGGUACCUGCAGCCCUGUUUUACACUCGAUAUGCUGUUUUAUCAUGUAAAGGAAGUGCUGCUAAAAUUCUAUCAGGAUGACGUAGCUAGAAUGGUAGGAUUGAGCAUUAUUUCGCUAUCCGUGAUUGUCGGAUGCUAUGUCAGCUCUAUCUUGGGUCUUUUUAUUGUGGCGUUUUUCAUCAAUGGCUGCGUUGCAGCAGUAAUUACAUUGAACCAUAAGGAUCGCGUCGGACAUUACCUUCAAAAGGUGAAGGAUUUCUUCGGAUACAAGGAUUAUGAUCCACAAAACGCAUUGGAAUGCGACGUCUGCGGCAAUGAGAAAUGCCCUCGUCACAAUAGAAAUGCCGUAAUACACGAACCCUGGAAAGGGUUCCUUAUCGACCCGGACCUCGACGAUGCUGUUGAUAAUUUUUUCUCGCACAUACUUGAUGGGUUCAUUUGUAAUUGGUAUGCCCAAAUAUCGCCGGACGAGGAAUUCAUCGUGAACAUCAAGAGCAAUUUGCGUGACGCUCUAUGUAGACUUUUGAUCCGAGCUAAAGAGUUAGACGCCCCUACGGUCAUCACUACCCGUUUGCUGCCGACGUUCUUUAUUCAUUAUGAAAUCAUUGCCAAAAUGCUGCUGGUCAACAAUGUGCCAAUGAAUCUACUGGCGAAAACUUUCCACACCGAUCAGUACCCGAUACAUCCGGCGGUACUCAACCGACAGGCAGAGCAAAGCUACCUGAGGGGAGUGGCCAAAGUGAUGAUACCUCGAUUGUUCACCCAGGAGAACAUCAACUGUAAGAUAUUCUCCAACUUGAUCAAGGAGUUGUUGACUUUUUGGGUGUUGCUUCCUCUGUUGGAUGUGAUCUCUGAUCCAAAUCUGAUCAACUUGUUGAUAAUUGCCGCCACCGAUAAGCGUCAAAAGGAAACGAACCGUUCGAAAGAACAAAGCUACGAGAAGGUGGAAAUUUUAGAAGAUUUCGUCGAAAGAAGUCGAGAAAAGGUCGAAUGUGGUGUGAAGACAAUUGUAGAAGAGGAAAAUAUUCUGGAAGAUCAAGACAAAUUGUACUACUUCAUGCAGUUUCUGAUCAAGGAGGGAUCGGUUGAGUUGUUGCGAUUCUAUUUAGAUGUUGAUAGUUUGAACAAAGAAUUAGAAGACCCCCACAUCACCACCGAUCCGACCAAGCUGUCCUCGUUGCAUCAACAAUCGGAAAAGUUACUUCAAACGUAUCAAAACAUGAUGAAGAACGAGAAGGAAUCAUCGAUCGCCACUACGCUGAACGAAGCUCAUGAACGGAUCAAAGAAAAACUCGAGGAGAAAUGGAGGAAACAGUUCAGCAAAACUUUUGAGUACUUUGAAUUGAUCUACGGGACUAGAGAUAUUAAGGAUAACUCAGAUAAAAAACUACCGGAGGGCGGUGGAGGUUCUGGAACGAAGCUAAGUUCGAAAUUCAAAGAGGUGAUCCGCGGUGCUGUUGAUGGUGCUCCGAUCGAAGCCACAGAGGCUCCUACCGUUUGGGAUGCCCUGACGGACAGUCAACCGCAGAACAAUACCAUAUACAGCUCAGUAACGCAGAAGCUCCGCAAGGAGAAAGGCCAGAGCUUGGACGCCUUCAUGACUACAUUCAUGCAUUCCAUUGAACAGAGUCCCGAUAUUGGCGAGGAUGUGAUAGAAGUAAAAAGUACAACGAAGAAGAAAUUCAAAAAACCGGGAGAAAGUGUGGUAUUUGGAGAGCUGUUCGAUCAAAAGGCGGGUUCGAAGAACACGCACACAACUACGCUUCUGUCGCACAGCGUUCGUGGACCAUCGCAAUGCUUAGUCUACAUACUGGUAAAAAUUCUCAACGCACCGAUUCUGCUGGUUCGCCUGGCUUUGGCCUUCUGUUGCGUUUCUCGUAAAACCGUGGACACGUUAAUUCACACUGCAAUAGCGCGAUUGCUACGCGUAGGACUGAAAGAAUCGCGCCUAGCCGCCCUCAUCAAUCUGCUGAGGGAGAUUAUCUUCCUCAAAAAGCUUCCGGAACCAACGCCAGCGGAGCUGCUUCGAAGGCAACAGGAAGCUCGCAAACGUUUGGAGGACCUCCGCGCCGGGCUAGGAAAUGUGGCCAACGUGCUGCAAUCGCCGGUGUUGAACAAACACCUAAUGUACUGUUUGUUCGAUAUCAUCCUGGGCGAGAUGUAUCCAGAGUUUGAAAGCCCCGCUGUGGCAUCCGUAAACGUCGAUAGGUAAACUGUCACUAUAAUAUAAUAAUAAAAUACAAAUACCUAAUC